AGCUCUUUUCUUUACAAUGUGGGUGAGUAUAUGAGAGCUUUUGUACUGGGCUGACUGAACACUGAAGUCAACGGUUGACUGAGAAGAGGACAAGGUUAUUUCUAUCAUGAGGAGGCAGAAAGGAAUCUGACAAAGAACACAUUGCCAUCAUAUAUAAGGAGGGGAACUGGUGUGAAACAAGUGAAGCAAAGGACAGAUAUCACUACGUGUUUUGAGUUUAAUGGAGUUAAUGGACCUGUUGUGGUAUGUGAUGCUCGGCACCUGUGCCCUGAGUGCUGUUGUCUCUACUUGUCCAGAUCACUGUCAAUGUAACGGCGUAAAAAUCCGAUGCCAGGGGUUUAUGAUAAAAGAUUUUCCAUCUUCAAUUCCAUCAAACACCAUCAGUCUCUUCAUUACCAACACCAGCAUACCAACAUUAAAACCAUCUGAUUUUGAGAAUUUGACUGAUACGCUCACUUCAUUUCUAGCAAAGGAUUCAAAAAUAACUGAGGUGCAACCGCAUACCUUUAACCAAACGCUGAAACUUAUUGCCUUGGGAAUAAGUGGGACAGAGCUAACUUCUUUACCAGAGGAUCUGUUUCAAAAUCUAAAGGUGUUAUCAACUCUGACAUUGAGUAAUAACAAACUUAAAGAUCUUCCCUCCUCGCUUCUCCACCCCCUUACAGCUUUAACCAAACUGGACCUGAGCAAAAAUAAUCUUACCUUCUUGGCAGAUGAUGUGUUUCACAAUUUAGGACAGUUGCAAGAACUUCAAUUGCAAAGAAACUCUAUUGAAAAGCUUAAUGAACGUACUUUUAAAGGACUUAGUCAGCUCAAAGCUCUUGUCCUACAGCAAAAUAAUCUAAUACAUAUAUCAGAAGGAACCUUCAAUGACCUGGUGAACCUUGAGACGCUGCAUCUUCAAGACAACAAAAUUACGCAGUUACCAGCAAAUCUCUUCUCAAAUCUACAAAAGCUGAAGAAACUCUUCCUCUCCAACAAUAGGUUAACAUUGCUUCCCCAUGGAAUCUUUUUUAAUCUUCCCAGCUUAUCUACUAUCUCACUGUACAAGAACAAACUCAACCGUUUGUUGCCCGGGACCUUUGGUCCAGUGGCUCUCCGAGAGCUCUGGCUGUAUGACAACAUGUUAACCCACCUAGAGGAGAAUGUUUUUAGCAACUUAACCGAAGUUUACCUUUUGGUACUUAGUAGGAACCAAAUUCAGCACAUUUCACCUGGUGCGUUCAACGGCUUGAUGAAGGUUGAGGAGAUCUCCCUACACACAAAUCGAUUAACAAGCAUCAAAGGAGGAAUUUUCAAAGAUCUUCCGAAGUUAACCAACAUAUCUCUGGAGAACAAUGAAAUCAGACAAAUUCCCGUUGAUCUAUUAGAUGGCGUAUCUCGGUUAAAUCAGCUGGAGCUUCAAAAUAACUCUCUUCCAAAUUUACAAAAAGAAUUUCUAAAGUCUUUGUCUGUGGUCGAUAAUGUCAUACUUACACCAAAUCCAUGGAGGUGCGAUCAUGACAUAAUACCUUUAUGGGAUUGGCUGAAAGACUUUACAGGCAAAGUAAAGAAUUUUACUUCUGUCGUGUGCGACAGUCCCGCACAAUUGAAUGGGAUACCGAUUAGAGAUCUUAAGGAUGAAAACAUCACAGCAGGCACACAAGAGCUUGACGACGCAUAUGGAAGUGAGACGGAGGGAUGGAAACUAUCUAAAGAAAGUAUCAUCAUCAUAGUAGCCGUUCUUUGCUCUGCUCUCAUUGUCAGCAUCAUUGCUUGUGUUUUAUGGAGGAGGCACAUGCGUGGCAGUCAAGACUUGGACCGUCAAAGAAAGAAAAACUCAGUCAUCUGACAUUGUUUGAACAUUAUGUAAAGUAUCAUCACUGUUUAGUAUUCACUGUUUUCAAUAUCCAUCCUUAUUAUUUUAGUUAGUGGAGUCAUAUUAAAGGGGACAGAGAAUGAAAAACCAUUUUUACCUUGUCUUUGUUGAAUAAUGAAAGUCUACCCGCAUUCACGAACAUACAAAAAGUGCUAGACAUGCUAAAUAUCUCAGUCUCAUAGAAAUUCCUCUUUUAGAAAUGUCAGCCAGAAAACGACAUCACAGGCAUCUCACUGCCCCUCCACUUUAAAAUAAUUGGCUACAUUUUUUGAGUGGCAGCAAAGUCAGCCAAUCAGUAAUGAGAUUGCAAGUUAAGCCAGUAGGGGGAGCCAAAUAGGUGCAAAACCACUCCCCCACCCUAAUAGAGCUAUCUGAGAGAGGUUUUUAGGAAGCUUCUAAGGCAUUACAGACCCAAAAAAAAAAAAGUGUCUACAUGUCACAUCACAGAACAAGGAUAAAUACCCCCUUCAAUCAUUCUAUGUCACCUUUAAAAAAAAUAUGUUUGUGUUGAAUAUUUGUCCUUCUGAAAUUGUGUAUGCAUGUGAGAGAGUGAAUUUAGGUACACGUUGUCAAAAUCUCAAAAUGUCUAAAAUCACAUUGACUCAAAUGUUAUAUAUAUUAAAUGUUAAAAAACUCCACUUUCAUAAGUCUCACAUUUUGGAAAAAAAUCCAGUAUCUGUAUUCUUCCCUUUUUUGGUCACUCUCAGUGUAACAUAGUUUGAAUUAAAUCUAUUUAAGAUGAUCACAGCAGAAGCGUUUUUUGUGUAUGUAAAAGGAAAGUCUUAAAAUAAACCAUG